ACCUGGGGAGGUGGAGGAGGAGGAGGAGGAGGAAGGGAAAAGAGGAAGAAGAAGAGAAAGAGAGGAGGGUUUUACACUCACAGAAGUUUGACACGAAUGCACAACGCAGGCUGUGCUGGGAAUAAGUGUGCGGACCAGUGCGGGAUAAGUCGGCCUGGGCUUGGCACGGCGUGGGUUUAGGUGUGCCAGCAGUCUGGACUUUGAAGUUGUUUUAUUUCUGGGAUAACCAUCAAAGCUCCGGACCUGAUCAUUUGCCUCCACCACAGUAGCGGCGGCGGUCAGCUCAUGCACGCACCGCCUGGCGCUCAGCCUGCACGGAAACUGGCUGUUUUUUGCAUGGAGUUUGGCACACGGCAGGUCCCAGUGGGUGAAAGCUAGAUUUGUACUUUUUUACCAGCCGUCUGUCGCCACUGCGGUCAGCUUGCGCGGUGCACGCCGGGGCAGGGAGCCUCUCCGAGGGGUAACUACAGCACGGAGAGUCGGUAACAGACGGCGCUCACCGGAGCUCCUGCUCGCUCUCUGUGAUAUUGGUUUUAACCGGGACUCCUGCCUGUUUUUGCUGGUUUUCCCGGGAGACUCGGCGGUGUUAUUUUCGUUGGACGUGUCAGUUUUCCCCCGACACCGAGUUUGUUUGUCGGAGGGGAACUUGGUGUCGUCGUGGAGGGAUUUUGUUCAGUCCCGACUUGGAGCGGUGACAGCGGGCUUUAACUGGCGGAAUUAGCAAUAAAAAAACGUCCUGUGUGCGGAGUGUAUGUGGCUAACACGGACCUAGCUCCACACCGAGCCGAGCCAGACCCUGCCAUGCCAGUCAGAAAGAAAGACGCGCAGCGAGCUCUGCUGCUGCUGGAGGAGUACCGGGCCAAGCUGAACCACACAGAGGACCGGCAGCUCCGACACUCCAUCCAGAGGGUCAUCGACAUCUUCCAGAGCAACCUCUUCCAGGCUCUCAUAGACAUCCAGGAGUUUUAUGAAGUGACCUUAUUGGACAGUCAGAGAUGGGCGGAGUCUUCCAAGGGGGCUGACCCCAUGGCGCCUGUCAACCUGUGGGACUUCUCCAGCCUUCAAAGCACAACGGUGACCUCGGACACUCUGCCCAGCCUUAGCACCAGCAUCGAGAAGUACAGGCACCACGAUGAGGACUCAUCUCCCCAGGACCAGAGCUCCCCCCAGCUGACGGAGGAGGCCGGGGGGCCGGAGCUGGUCCAGGUAGCAGAGAAGAACCUUUCCCAGAUCGAGAAUGUGCACGGAUACGUCACCCACGCUCACAUCUCACCUAUGAAGGUAGCAUCUCUGGAGUGCAUCUUUGACGGUUCUUCAGCAUUAGGACAACACCACCCGGAGCUCCCCUCCCCUACGUCCUCCACCCUCUACCUUCACGGAGAGGACAGCCCCUUCCCCUCCUGCUCCUCCAACCCCUACCCCCCGAUCCAGCAGGCCGAGGCCGCCCCGCCUUCCUCUCCCAUAAUCCCCGUGAUCCCAAUCUCGCCAAUCCCAGCCGAGACCACCGUCAUCCCUCCGACGUCACAGGCCAAUCCUCCUCCUGUGGUGGUCAACACGGACAGCCUGGACACGCCUCCAUACGUGAACGGGACGGAGGCUGACUAUGAGUACGAGGAGAUCACGCUGGAGAGGGGAAACUCGGGGCUGGGCUUCAGCAUCGCGGGCGGCACAGACAACCCCCAUAUCGGUGAAGACCCCAGCAUCUUCAUCACCAAAGUCAUACCGGGAGGAGCCGCCGCCCAGGACGGACGGCUCAGGGUGAACGACGUCAUCCUGAGAGUUAACGAGGUGGAUGUUCGAGAUGUGACCCACAGCCGAGCCGUGGAGGCUCUGAAGGAGGCCGGCUCUCUGGUCCGACUCUACGUCCGCAGGAGGAAACCCGUCUCUGAGAAAGUGAUGGAGAUCAAACUGGUGAAGGGACCCAAAGGUCUUGGCUUCAGUAUAGCAGGCGGAGUGGGGAACCAGCACAUCCCGGGCGACAACAGCAUCUACGUCACCAAGAUCAUCGAAGGGGGAGCCGCACAUAAAGACGGGAGGCUGCAGAUCGGAGACAAACUGCUGGCUGUGAACAGCGCUUGCCUGGAGGAGGUGAGCCACGAACACGCCGUCACUGCCUUGAAAAACACUCCUGACGUGGUCUACUUGAAAGUGGCUAAACCCAACAGUGUCUUCAUGAACGACAGCUUCGCCCCGCCAGACCUCACCAACUCGUACUCCCAGCACAUGGAGAACCAUAUCAGCCCCCCCAGCUUCCUCGGCCAGCCCCUGCCCCCUCCAGCAUCCUCGGGGCGCUACUCCCCGACCCCGAAGAGCAUGCUGGGAGACGACGAUGUCACCCGGGAGCCCAGGAAGGUGGUGCUGCACAGAGGAGCGACGGGACUGGGCUUCAACAUCGUGGGCGGAGAGGACGGAGAGGGGAUCUUCAUCUCCUUCAUCCUCGCCGGAGGACCAGCGGACCUCUGUGGAGAGCUGAGGAAAGGAGACAGGCUGGUCUCUGUGAACGGGGUGGACCUCCGAAACGCCACCCACGAGCAGGCCGCCGCCGCCCUGAAGAACGCGGGACAGACGGUGACCAUCAUCGCCCACUACAGACCAGAGGAGUACAGUCGGUUUGAGGCAAAGAUCCACGACCUGAGAGAGCAGAUGAUGAACAGCAGCAUCAGCUCUGGAUCUGGAUCUCUGCGGACGAGUCAGAAGAGAUCGCUGUACGUCAGAGUUCUGUUUGACUACGAUAAGACCAGAGACUCCGGUCUGCCCAGUCAGGGACUCAACUUUAAGUUCGGAGACAUCCUUCACGUGGUGAACGCCUCCGAUGACGAGUGGUGGCAGGCCAGGCAGCUGACGGCGCAGGAGGGGGUGGAGGGGGAGGUGGGAGUCAUCCCGAGCAAGAGACGGGUUGAGAAGAAGGAGAGAGCGAGAUUAAAGACGGUGAAGUUCAACGCAAAGUCUCGAGACAGAGGGCAGUCUCUCAAUGACAAGCGUAAAAAGAACCUCUUUUCCCGAAAGUUUCCGUUCUACAAGAGCAAAGAGGCGAGCGAGCAGGAGACCAGCGACGUCGACCAACACGUGACGUCUAACGCCAGCGAUAGUGAGAGUAGCUACCGUGGACAGGAGGAGUAUGUUCUGUCGUAUGAACCCGUCAUUCAACAGGAAGUGAACUACACCCGUCCCGUCAUCAUCCUCGGUCCUAUGAAGGACCGGAUCAACGACGACCUGAUCUCCGAGUUCCCCGACAAAUUCGGAUCCUGCGUCCCACAUACGACCCGGCCGAAGCGGGACUACGAGGUGGACGGCAGAGACUAUCACUUUGUGGUGUCCAGAGAGCAGAUGGAGAAAGACAUCCAGGACCACAAGUUCAUAGAGGCGGGACAGUACAACAACCACCUGUACGGAACCAGCGUUCAGUCGGUCCGAGAGGUGGCUGAGAAGGGUAAACACUGCAUCCUGGACGUGUCGGGGAACGCCAUCAAGAGACUGCAGCUGGCUCAGCUUCACCCCAUCGCCAUCUUCAUCAAACCCAAAUCUGUGGAGAACAUCAUGGAGAUGAACAAGCGUCUGACGGAGGAGCAGGGCAAGAAAACCUUCGACAGAGCCACCAAGCUGGAGCAGGAGUUCACCGAGCAUUUCACAGCCAUCGUGCAGGGCGACACUCUGGAGGAGAUCUACGAUCAGGUGAAGCAGAUCAUCGAGGAGCAGUCGGGUCCGUUCAUCUGGGUUCAGUCGAAGGAGAAGUUAUGAAGAUCAAACUCUGCUCUGCUGCUCCUCUCUUUAGAUUCAGUUUGUUUUAUUUUGAAAAGUUCACCUGCAGACAGCCCCCCACCUCCCCCCCCUCACCCAACGCCACACAGCGGCUGAUCCUUGACCCCUGACCCCUGACCCGAGUGUUGUUUCAGUUUGUAUUUUUGCCUGAACCAGACGCCAUCGUUUCCUGACCAGCAGAGAAAAGCACACAGGAAGUUUGAUGACAUCACUCUCCAUAUGGUACAGCUCCUUAACGUUUAAGGAGGGAAAACUUCAGGGGAGGGAAAGAAGAAGAGGAUGAGUCUGUGGAAGUGGCACGAGGACGCGUACGAAGCAGAUUUUACCUUUGUUUUUUUGUUUGUGACUUUUUUUCUUGCUUCCGGUCUCGUGCGGUUGACGGACGGAGUCUCAGUCUCAGGCAGCGUCCGUCGGUCCGGAAGAAGGCGGAGUCACAAAAAGCAAAACUUUGCACGUUUGAGCUUUAACAGCAUGUCAGUUAAUCCCCUGUUUACUUCCCAUCAGCCCCUUCACCUCAACACCUGAUGUCAAAGCUUUUCUCCUCCGUUCUGCGCUCAUUUCAUCUUUUUUUCUUUCUUUCUUUGCUUCAAUCGAUUCACGUUUAGUUUUAUUCUUUGGCUCCUCACUGCUGCCGGACGAUGUCAGGACGCUCUGCAGGGUUCCUGCUCUGCUGCCAGGGGGCGCUGUGCAGCUCCUACUGAAAUCUGUCGCU